AUGAGAUUUACGAAUUCAUUUAUUGUUCUAAGUCAAUACAUCUGUCCUGGUCCAUCUAUACCAGAAGGAUAUGUCAUUACAAAAUUGACUUCUGGUAAUUGUGGUGCAUUUUUGGUACAACAAUACAUUGAACCAGUGAAGGAUGGCAUAGAAAUUUGUUUUGGAUCUCCUCUUCCAAAUGGAUAUGUCAUUACACGAUUAAAUGCAAAUGGAUGUGGUGGUGUGGGAAGAUAUAUCGAGAAACCACGAAAUGGAAUGGUGAUCUGUCGUGAUUCUCCUAUACCACAUGGAUAUGUCGUUACUCGUGUUAUUCCAAAUGGUUGUGGUGGCGCUGGACAAUAUAUUGAGCUUCUUAUCGGUGGCCGAUAA